UGACGCGGGUAAACCAGCUGCAUUUACCAUUGCACUGUAGAAGGUAACCAUCUACGUACCUCUGUCAACCACAUAGGUAAGUACCUUACAGACUGUAUCAUUCCUCAAAUCUUUUUCUCACACUUUCCAAGGCAUCAUCAUUUCUAUAUAACCAACCUUAUUCCAAGACCAAAUUCACCUUUCCGUGUCUGACUUCUUUUCCUUAUCCGCAACUAACCUCUUAGUUUUCACAGCCAACAAAAAGCAAUUGACACCAUCGCCAUACAUUACCUCUUUAUCAGCACCUUUAUUUCAUCAUGACCGGUAAAUUUUGGUCUCCUGCAGAGGAGAAGUACUUCUGGAAGACUGUCGUCGCCCACUCUGUUAAGCGUGCCCCUGCCGACCUUUCUAACGACGAAAAAACGUGGGAAGAGCUUGCAGUCGACAUGCAAAGGGAAAUGGAGCGCCAGGGCACCGCUCGCCGAUGGUACACUGGCUCUGUGUUGUUUGAGCACUAUUUCCAGAAUGUCGAGGGAGACAGAAGAUCUCCAAAUGCUACGCCGUAUGUCGUCGAGUACAUGAAAAAGCUUGGGCCGUUCCGUCGCAUCAUCAAUCCUCGUUCGGGCCCUCGUGGUGGCCGUCCUCGCCGCAGGGAGGUGACUAUGGCUGAGCCCCAGGGAGUCCAGGCUCCGCCUCCGAGUCCAGACGGCUUCACAAUUACCCCCCUAGAGGAAGAUGAUGUCUUCUCGCCAGAGUAUGCAGCACGUCAAGCUCGGCAGUCUCGUCAGUCUCAUCAGCCUAGCCAGUCCAGCCGGUCCAGCCAGUCUAGCCAGUCUCAAGAAUCUCGGUAUCCUAGUCGCCGUCUAAAACGUCGGCGCCUGCAGCAACUUGCCCCGGCUCCUCACCCCCGACCAGUCCAAGAGCCUUCAUUUGACACUACUUCCCACAAUCCUCAUCAAAUCACUUGGGGUUCCCAAAUGGACGGGCAAUCUGUUACAGAAGAAUCUGUACCUGGAUCAUCCUUAUCACGGUUUGAUACCCUUCUCGCGGCUGCCCAAUUGAUGGAUGCGGCAGACUACUCGACUGGGGAAAACCCGGUGCGAGACCACUUUACAAUACAAUCAUCCUAUCCCUCACCGUCGUUCCAGCCCCAGAAUAUCUCUGGCUAUGGAAUGGGGAUUCAGACUGCCGAUAAUACGUCGUCUUCCGAAUUCGCUUAUAGCGGUAUUGCUAUCCAGGACCUUAGCCAGAAUACCUCCGGCAUCACUCCAGUUUUCCAGACACACUGUACAUUAGCACAUCGUACCGGAGAACCCUCUAUUUCGCGUUUAUCAUCUAGCUCAUCCCUAUCUACUCUGUGCGGUCCUUCCGUUAACGAACAUAUACCAACCGGUGAAACAACUGAAGAGGAACUAUCUACUGAAGACGAAGGAGAGAACAAAGAAAAUGAGGGUGGCAGAGGUGAUGAGGACAUUCAAGUGCCGGGCUUCAGGUUGAUACGAAGCAACCCAGUUCAGCAAGACUUCAUCAUCUAUGAAGACGGUCAGAUUGUCCAGGGCUUGCAACUCCAUAGGGUUCACCAGGUAUAUGGGAACUUUGACACCUAUGAUGCUAACAAAGAGAACGAAGGUGUUCAAGGAGCAUAUGAUGCGAGUAGCUUUGGUCUAGCGGGCGGUGUUGGUGGUGCACCGAGUAGUAUCUUCGACACUACUGAGGGACUACAUCCCGGAAUUAUCCCUUCUCUUGCCAGCUGGUAA